UUAUCAGCUGCGGGGCGGCCGCGAGCGACGCGCGGAGACAGCGGGAGGCGCCGCCGGGGCCGGGACGGCUGCACCCGCGGCGGCGCGCGGCUCCUGAGCGCUCCUGGCCGCCGCCCAGGUCGCCGUGCCCCGCCGCCGAGCGGCAUGAGCCCGCGUCCGCAGCCUUAGCGUCCUUGCUCCUCCGUCCGGGCGGCCCGGGGGCGGCGACGGGUGCUCGCUGCAGGGUUGGGGCCAUGAAGCCGAGUCCGGCCGGGACUUCGAGGGAGCUGGAGCCGCAGGCGCCGGCCCGGGGCGAGCAGCGCGCGGCGGAGCCCGAGGGGCGCUGGCGGGACAAGGGCGAGGCGGACACGGAGCGGCAGCGCACCCGGGAGCGGCAGGAGGCCACGCUGGCCGGGCUGGCGGAGCUGGAGUACCUGCGGCAGCGCCAGGAGCUGCUGGUCCGGGGUGCCCUGCGUGGCUCCCCGGGGGUCGUCGCGGCUCGCGCGGGGGAGCUGCCCGGGGACUCGGCGCAGCGCAGCCGCCUGGAGGAGAAGUUCUUGGAGGAGAACAUCUUGCUGCUGCGGAAGCAAUUGAAUUGUUUGAGGAGAAGAGAUGCUGGUUUGUUGAGUCAGUUACAAGAACUCGACAAGCAGAUAAGUGACCUGAGACUAGAUGUAGAAAAGACAUCUGAAGAGCACCUGGAGACAGACAGUCGUCCUAGCUCAGGGUUUUAUGAACUGAGUGAUGGUGCUUCAGGAUCCCUUUCCAAUUCUUCUAAUUCAGUCUUCAGUGAGUGUUUAUCCAGUUGUCAUUCCAGCACCUGCUUUUGCAGUCCCUUGGUGGAGGCAACCUUGACUAUUUCUGAUGGUUGCCCCAAAUCUUCAGAUCUCAUAGGAUGGUUGGAAUAUAAAGAAGGUCACUGUGAAGACCAGGCCUCAGGGACAGUUUGCCAUUCCCCCUCCACACCACAAUUUAAUCUCCUUGAUGUCAUUACAGAUGUGAACCCCAAGUACCAGUGUGAUUUGGUGUCUAAAAACGGGAAUGAUGUAUAUCGAUAUCCAAGUCCACUUCAUGCUGUGGCUGUGCAGAGCCCUAUGUUUCUCCUUUGUCUGUCGGGCAACCCUCUGAGGGAAGAGGAGAAACUUGGUAGCCAUGCCAGUGACAUUGGGGGGACAUCUGAGCUGGAUGCAGUCAAGACAGAUAAUUCCUUACCAUCUCCAAGCAGCUUGUGGCCUGCUCCCCAUCCUUCAUCCACUAAGAAAAUGGAUGGCUACAUUCUGAGCCUGGUCCAGAAGAAAACACACCCGGUAAGGACCAACAAACCAAGAACAAGUGUAAAUGCAGACCCCACCAAGGGACUCCUGAGGAAUGGGAGCAUUUGUGUCAGAAUGACAGGAGGUGUCUCACAGGGCAGUAGUGGGAACCCAAAGAAUUCUAAACUGACGCCUUUGCCCUCUGGUGGAGUCCCCUGUUUGGACAAUGGGACAUUCUCUCCUUUGAAACAGUGGUCAAAAGAAUCAAAGGCAGAACAACUGGAAAGCAAGAAGUUGCCUCCACCGGAGAGCUGUUUGCCAGGGGCAGCUGCCACUGAACUUCAGAAUAAACAUCUGACCCCAAAUGCCAAGACAACCUCCCAGGAACAUGCUUGGUGUCCUACCACUGUGACAGGAGAGUCUCCUAAAGAAAGCAGUCAGAUCUCAGGUGCCUUUUCCAAAGAGAGCCCUGGGAGAGUCCCCGCCUCACUGCAAGAGAACAAAGUUGUCCAGCCACUGAAAAAGGUGUCUCAGAAAAGCAGCCUGCAGGGUGUGGCCACCGCAGCGCCCCCUGCCGCCCAGUCCGCACUGUCGUCUUCAUCUUUCCUGGUGGAAGAGCGGCCUGCCCUGGAUUUCAAGAGCGAGGGCUCUUCUUCGCAGAGUCUGGAAGAAGGGCUUCUGGUGAAGGCCCAGUUCAUUCCCGGGCAGCAGCAGUCGGGCACCAGGCCGCACCGGGCUACCCGAACCUCCGCCGCUGUCCCCAGGAGCUCGGCCCUCAAGCACCGAGCUCAGGCUCUCCAUGGGCCUGAAGGCACACUGCCCACCGUGAGGGAGAAAACCCGUGCUGCUGGCAAGAAGUGCCGGUUCCCCAGCGACGUGGAUACAAAUAAGAAACUCAGGAAAGCCGCUCCCAAGGGGAGGAAGAGCGUAGGCGGCCAGGCGGAGGCGGCUCUCCCUGGCCGGCCGGCCGCAGCUGGCCACAGGGCAGGGAGCAGGGCGCACGGCCACGUGCGGGAGGCGGUGGUGGCCAAGCCCAAGCACAAGCGAACGGACUCGCGGCGGUGGCGCUCGGCCGCGGAGAUUUCCUAUGAGGAGGCUCUGCGGAGAGCGCGGCGAGCCCGGCGUGAACAUGUGGGCCUAUACCCGGCCGCCGUGCCGCUGCCCUACACCAGCCCCUACGCCUACGUGGCCAGCGACUCCGAGUACUCGGCCGAGUGCGAGUCUCUCUUCCACUCCACCGUGGUGGACACCAGCGAGGAUGAGCAGAGCAACUACACCACCAACUGUUUUGGGGACAGCGAGUCCAGUGUGAGUGAGGGGGAGUUCGUGGGGGAAAGCACCACCACCAGUGACUCCGAGGAGAGCGGGGGCUUAAUUUGGUCCCAGUUUGUCCAGACUCUUCCUCUCCAGACGGUCACAGCUCCAGACCUUCACAACAACCCCACGAAAACCUUUGUCAAAAUUAAGGCUUCACAUAACCUCAAGAAGAAAAUCCUCCGCUUUCGGUCUGGCUCUUUGAAAUUGAUGACCACAGUUUGAGUGAUGGUGUUGGUGUAGAAAGUGGGUUUACAUCCCCAGUCCCCCCCCUAUGCCCCUCCCUCCCCCAGUUAUUGAAGGAAAAAUGGAGUCUUCUAGUUUUUGUGUAGUCUUUUUAAAAAAGUUUUAAUCCCCUAUUAUGGAAUGCUUUCCUUGUAAGAUAAAACGUGGUAAAUUAUGCUUUUUCUUCAUGUAUGGACAUUAGUGCCUUUAAUGGAAGGUAAAGAUGGUUUUUCUUUUUAGAAGUAAAUAUUGACGUUUUCCUGGUGGUAGUGAAUGGAUUUUUGUGGUAGUGAAUGGAUUUUGUGGAAUCAGCUGAUAUUUUUAAUUUAAUCAGUUGAUAUUUUAAUUUAAAAAUUUCUGAGCGUCUGAUAUGCAGGCACAGGUUUUGAUGUUCAAAACUCCUUGGGAGUUUAUUUAACCUUUUGAUCUAAAGGUCAAGUGGAAGGAAUUUUAGGAUGUAUUUACUCCUUGGUUCUUUAGGAAAGUUGUCUCCAUGGGAGGUUUCCUGGUUGAAGAGCAUCAAAAAUUGUGUGAAGUAGAUACGAGGGAAAGCCUUACUCUAUGUAAUCUUUUAAAUAUAGUCUACACUUCUCAGAUGUAUUUUUACUCUAUUUUUUUUCCCUCAGAAUUUUUCUAUAUGCUGGAUUCAGAACUAGAAAGUCAGAACCUAAAUUGAGAGAGAAGGUGACCUGGAUAGGGAAGUUGAUAAAACCUUAAAAGAAUUCACUAGACCCUUGGCCACUCUUGAUGUCCAAGAGCCGUGUAGUCAACAUUUUGCUACCUUUUCCCUCUUCCUUAAUUUAUAGCAGACACAACCAUUUAUCUCUUGGAUGACUUGCCUUUAAGAUAAAAAUUUGAUUCAAAGAAAUUUGCUUCUAAUAAAAUAAUCACUGGACAAGACUGCAAGCCCACAAUUACUCACAGAAUACUGUAAUUUAAGCAUUGCCCUGAUAAUUUUAGUGCAAUCCAGUCCAGAUUGGACCAUUAACUCUGUCUGGAAGGGCUUUUUAAAAAAAGAAAAAAUUUUUUUUGGUAAACAGUGUUGUGUAAAUUGCUUUUUAAAUACCAAUAUAUGCAUGUUUUGUGCAUGAGUAGUAUUUGUUUUGAUAUUCUUGUUGAUACUGAAUUACUGUAUGAUAUAAACAGUAUGUGUUUUUAUAUAUCAUUGUGUAAAUUUAAUAUAACUCAUUAUGCUGUAAUAAACGAUUUGUUUUACUGCU